AUGGUUACAAAGAAUGAGAUCCCAAUUUUGGAUGUUAAUAGGAAGAAUGAAGUAAUUUUAGAAGAAGGGGGCAAAGAAUGGAAAGAAAUGAGCAAGAAAGUGAAAGAAGCAUUUGAAAGUCACGGUUAUUUUCUUGUAAGAUGUGAUGAUAUUUCAAAUGAUUUACAUGAUGGAUUUUUCACAGGCAUGAAAUCAUUGUUUAACUUACCUGAAGAAACUAAGAAAAAGUUUAUCAGCCCAAGGGCUUAUAGGGGAUACAUGGCAAAAAGUCGUGUCAUUCCAUAUUCUGAAAGCUUUGGAAUUGAUAAUGAUCUUAAUCCAGAAACCGCUCACCAAGAUUUCAUUGAUCUCAUGUGGCCUCAAGGAAAUCCAACUUUUAGUGCAGCACUAAGUUCCUAUGCCUCAAAAGCUCGUGAACUAAGUUCACUUAUUUUAAAGAUGAUUGUAGAAGCUUUUGAGCUUCCACAACAUUACAACUUGAAUGUUGAAGAGUUGAAUUACUACAAUGAUGCACGAAUGACUAGGUACUCAACUUCAAAAGAGUCCAAUGGUUCUAAUAUUGGUUUUAUAUCUCACACUGACAAAGGAACCAUUUCCCUUAUAUGUGACAAUGGAGUCCAAGGUCUACAGGUGCUACCCAAAAUAGGCAAUUGGGUUGAUGUAAAUAUUCCCCCCAACGGCUUUGUGGUAGUUGCUGGUGAUAUAUUGCAGGCAUGGAGUAAUGGGAGACUUGAGGCGGCCACACACCGAGUGGUGGCAAGAGAUGAAGAGAGAUUUGCAUUUAUAUUUUUUGCAGUACCAAAGGAAGGUAUGAUAAUUGAGGCACCAUCAGAGUUUGUGGAUGAUCAAAACUAUCCUCUCCGCUACCGUCCGUUUGAGUAUGAUGAGUAUGUCAAUUAUCAAUAUUCAACUGGAAUAGAUGAGGCCCCAUUGGAAAAAUUUGCUGGAGUUUGA